UCCUUUUUCUUCUUUGUCCGGUGAAACUCAAAAAAUGGCGGGGUUACCUCAGUAAAAUCUCGCCUAUAUAAGCCUUAACCGUUCCCCCAGUUCGGAGUAGUGUGAAAGCCAGCCACCUCUCACCGUCUCUCCUCAGUCCUUUCCUUUCUCCCCGUCUGACCACCCUUCUGCCCUCCCCCCUGCACUCGGAAUCCUUUUUGGUCUCCGCGACGAGCCCUUUUCCUUUUCUGAUAGGUAGCUCCCAGAAAUGACACCAUAAUCGACUCGACGUCCGGUGGAGAUAAGUAUAUAAAUAUAUAAAAGAAGAAAGAGAGGAAAGAGAGGGAGCGAGCAAAGAUGAUGUUGGAGUAUGAAUGGGGGAAUCCGGCGGCGGCGAUGCUGCUGUUCGGGGACCAGGAGACCGGCCAGGACACAGGACAGGACCGGCCGGUGUUCGACCACUACGGCUGCCACGGUGGCCUCGGCGGCGUCGACUUCUUCCCAAACCCCCAGCCGCUGACAGCCGCAGCGCUCUUCUCGCCUUCGUCAUCAUCGCCGUCCUCAUGCCACCAGAGAUAUGGACUGGCGAUGCCACCGGCGCCGGCGAGGAUCGGGCUGAACCUUGGCGUGCGGACCUACUUCUCCUCCGCCUCGCCGGAGGAGGAGAUGGCGGUCGGCAGGGUGUGCCGGCGGCGGACCCGCACCGCCCGGUGCCAGGCGGAGGGCUGCGGAGCGGACCUCACUCAUGCCAAGCACUACCACCGCCGCCACAAGGUCUGCGAGUUCCACUCCAAGGCCUCCAUCGUCAUCACCGCCGGCCUCUCCCAGCGCUUCUGCCAGCAGUGCAGCAGGUUUCAUGUACUCGCGGAGUUUGAUCAAGGGAAGCGGAGCUGCAGGAAGCGGCUGGCGGAUCACAACCGUCGCAGGAGGAAGUCUCAAGACCUUACCGCGGCCACCAUUAGCAUCACCCAAGCCAAUAACAGCACCACCAAUACUAGUAGCGGCGUGACCAAGAACUCGGUGGCUAAUCCAGAGAGGAUACUCUUCAAUACCAGAAGCAGCCCCAACAACAACAAGAGCAGCAGCAGCAGCAGCAAUAAUAACUGCAGCAACCUCUCUGCUACUACUGCUGCUAUGGCGUUCGCUGCGUGCAAGCCGGAGACCGAGUACUCUUCCGUGACUCAUGCCUCGUCUCCUAAGGCGGCGCCGCCGUCGCUGCCGCUGCCACCACCAGCUACGUUGCCAAGGAUGGCACUGGGGCUGGGCUGCGGCACUGGAGGCAUCAUGACAGUUCCUGCUGCAGCAACAGGGCUGUCGGGCUCGUCAUCGACGGGGACUUCGCCGCCGAGCGUCGCAUUUCUGGCCCACCUUGGAGAGUUCCGCGGGCAUGAGAACAGGUUUCCCAGCUGGGAUGAGGCGGAGGAUGGAAGCAGUAUUAGAGGGCUUUAUCAGAGCAAGUAGGAGAAGUACGUAGCAGUAGUAGUAUGUAGUUCUUUAGUUGCUUUUGGUUGUCGUUUUAAGUUCCUUUCCUCUUCUUCUUCUUCUUCUUAAUAAGUGUUAUCUCAGUUUUGAAAAUAUUCGUAUGAUCGCAUCCCUAUUUGUUUCUCUUUAAGUUUUGGUAACGGUACAUGAGUGCAAAAGGUGGCGGAUGAUAAAGGAGAGAGCUAAAUAUAGCUGGAGGAAGCCAACUGCUUCCUCCAUUUUACCUCAAAAAAAAAAAAA